AUUUAUUUCAUGUCAGUUGGAGAAACGUUUUACUGUAUCAGUUUCACCGCCAUUUCAUAAAAAUAAAUUUGUAGUAGAUAAGUAGUAAUCUAAUCGAUAUUCUUUUGUACUACUAUAUUAAUCUAGUACAGAAAUGUGAGCAGGUAACAGUACCGAAAUGAUCAAAGCAAAAUUUAGAAAUGCAGUAACAGUGGCAUGUGUUUUGGUUUUACUGGUUUUGGUAUAUCACAUUUGUAAUAAGACUAAAUCACAUGUUGUGGACGACAGAGUGGUAAACUACGACACAGAUAUCAAUUUGGAACUACCAAUUAGAAUUAUAAAUCCAGCUCCUAAGAAGAAACAAGUACUUUAUAGUAAAAAAAUGGAUUCUAGUGACAAUUUAGAGAGUACAAAACAAGAGUUACAGGAUGCAAAAGCGCGGUUAGAAUUGUUAGAGCAGAAACUGGCAGUGCUAGAAGGACGAAUACCUCAGAAAUAUCCUGAUGUAGAAUACUUAGGCUAUAAAGACAGAAAGAGAAUAUUGGUGACAGGAGGUGCAGGGUUUGUAGGAUCACAUCUUGUAGAUGUGCUCAUGGUGCAAGGCCAUGAAGUAAUAGUAGUGGAUAACUUCUUCACGGGCCGCAAGCGCAAUGUGGAGCAUUGGUUUGGACAUAGGAAUUUCGAAAUGAUCCACCAUGACAUAGUUAAUCCUUUGUAUGUCGAGGCAGACGAGAUAUAUCAUUUAGCUAGUCCCGCGAGUCCGCCUCAUUAUAUGCAGAACCCAGUAAAGACAAUUAAAACAAAUACUUUAGGAACAAUCAAUAUGCUGGGACUAGCUCGGCGAGUAGGUGCAAAAAUUUUAAUAGCCAGUACUUCAGAGGUGUAUGGUGAUCCUAUGGUGCAUCCCCAGCCCGAAUCUUAUUGGGGACAUGUCAAUCCUAUAGGACCUAGAGCGUGCUAUGACGAAGGCAAAAGGGUGGCUGAAACUCUAGCGUACUCUUACGCGAAACAAGAAAACGUUACCGUAAGAGUGGCAAGAAUAUUCAACACCUACGGCCCUAGAAUGCAUGCUUCAGAUGGACGCGUGGUUUCUAACUUCAUUAUGCAGGCUUUACAGAAUCUUACAAUUACUGUAUAUGGUAAUGGAAAACAGACCCGGUCAUUCUGCUACGUAUCGGAUCUAGUGGAUGGACUGCUCUCUUUAAUGACAUCAUCAUACUCUCUACCUGUUAAUCUAGGAAAUCCCGUAGAACAUACUAUAGAAGAAUUUGCAAUGAUAAUAAAGAAUCUAGUCCCCGGAUGCCGCAGCAAUGUAGCGACAGGCGCGGCGGUAACGGACGACCCGCAACGUCGUCGACCGGACAUCGCCGUUGCUAAGCAACAACUUAAUUGGUCACCAAAGGUAUCUCUACAAGAUGGUCUACAAAAAACAAUCGAGUACUUCAAAGAAGAAAUUGCACGGAAAACUUUUUCAAACAAUCAAACUUAUAUGGACGUAAAAACGCGAAACACUCAUUAAAUUAGCGCAAUAUGUUUCGCAUCCUCCGUAAAGUGUGAUAUUAGAAUAAAAUCAUGUUUGUAUAAAAAUAAUUACAAUUUGUCGUAAGUUGUUUAUCUAAAUGUACCUACUUUAUUUUUCGUAAUUUUAAAAUUAUAUUGUUAUUGAUCAUUUUUGGAAAAAAUAUUCCGUUUGUUAUUGAUUUAUUGAUUAGCUAUAAAUAACUGAAUAGUAAGUGAAAAUGUUGUCUUAUUUAUUUAUUAAC